AUGUUCAUCAAAUUCACUCAUAUUGAACCUUCUAUGACAGGCAUCAUCAAAUCAUUUUUCAUUCUUUUCAUCCUUGUUCAAAAUUCUUUGAUUAUAUAUCACACAUUGUCAAUAAGAGAUCAACAGAUGCCAUCCACCACCUCUGUUGUUGAGUUCGAGGCAGCUCAUUCCCCAAAUACUCCUGUCAAAUUUCUUCAAGCUAUGAUUAUUCAACCAUGCUUUGGAAACAUCCCUGCACAGAUUGAUGUGCAAUUUACAAGCAAAAAUGACUCUGGGCCAUUGACAACCUUAGCAGUUCAAGUUGUUCCUUUAGGAACACAUGUUGUGAAGGAAAUAUAUCAAUCAUAUGGUGUUGUCAAAAGUUCAACACAAGGAAACUGGACAAAUGCUGCAGGCAUGAACAACAAUUAUUGGUAUCGCAAACAUGUCACAGCCAAUGAGGUCAUGUCGACACGAGGAAUUCCUCAGCAUAUACAAGAUUCUGAACUUCAGCCAUGGUGUAUUUAUGUUGGAGUUGUUGCUCAUAAUGAGCGUGUGGAAGGUUCGAUGAUGAUAGUUGUAAAUUGGGUGGUUCAUCCAUCGAUGUAUGCACUACAUGCAGAUGGACUUAGAAGAGGUCCAAAGAAGGUUACUAAGUCAUAA